CGCGAGACGAAGGACUCACAAACCUGGCGGCCCGGAACCGGCCUUGGACCGGUGGCAGUGCCUGAGGCGGCUGGCGCUCCCGCUCCAUGGAGCGGCCCCCGGGGCUGCGGCCAGGCGCCGGCGGCCCCUGGGAGAUGCGGGAGCGGCUUGGAACCGGCGGCUUUGGGAACGUCAGUCUGUACCAGCACCGGGAACUUGAUCUCAAAAUAGCAAUUAAGUCUUGUCGCUUAGAGCUAAGUACCAAAAACAGAGAGCGAUGGUGCCAUGAAAUCCAGAUCAUGAAAAAGUUGAACCAUGCAAAUGUUGUAAAGGCCUGUGAUGUUCCUGAGGAAUUGAAUUUUUUAAUUAAUGAUGUGCCUCUUCUAGCAAUGGAGUACUGUUCUGGUGGGGACCUCCGGAAGCUACUCAACAAACCAGAAAAUUGUUGUGGACUUAAAGAAAGCCAGAUACUUUCUUUACUGAGUGACAUAGGAUCUGGGAUUCGAUAUUUGCAUGAAAACAAAAUUAUACAUCGAGAUCUAAAACCUGAAAAUAUAGUUCUUCAAGAUGUUGGUGGGAAGAUAAUACAUAAAAUAAUUGAUUUGGGUUAUGCCAAAGAUGUUGAUCAAGGAAGUCUCUGUACAUCUUUUGUGGGAACAUUACAGUAUUUGGCCCCAGAGCUCUUUGAAAAUAAGCCAUACACAGCCACUGUGGAUUAUUGGAGCUUUGGGACUAGGGUGUUUGAAUGUAUUGCUGGAUAUAGGCCUUUUUUGCAUCAUCUACAGCCAUUUACCUGGCAUGAGAAGAUUAAGAAGAAAGAUCCAAAGUGUAUAUUUGCAUGUGAAGAGAUGACCGGAGAAGUUCGGUUUAGUAGCCACUUACCUCAGCCAAACAGCCUCUGUAGUUUAAUAGUAGAGCCAAUGGAAAGCUGGCUACAGUUGAUGCUGAAUUGGGACCCACAGCAGAGAGGGGGACCUAUUGAUGUUACUUUGAAGCAGCCAAGAUGUUUUGUAUUAAUGGAUCACAUUCUCAAUUUAAAGAUAGUACACAUCCUAAAUAUGACUUCUGCAAAAAUCAUUUCUUUUCUGUUACCAUGUGAUGAAAGUCUUCAUUCACUACAGUCUCGAAUUGAGCGUGAAACAGGAAUAAAUACUGGUUCUCAAGAACUUCUGUCAGAGACAGGAAUUUCUCUGGAUCCUCGGAAACCAGCCUCUCAGUGUGUUCUAGAUGGAGUUAGAGGCUGUGAUAGCUACAUGGUUUAUUUGUUUGAUAAAAGUAAGACUGUAUAUGAAGGACCAUUUGCAUCCAGAAGUUUAUCUGAUUGUGUAAAUUAUAUUGUACAAGACAGCAAGAUACAGCUACCGAUUAUACAGCUGCGCAAAGUGUGGGCUGAAGCAGUGCACUAUGUAUCUGGGCUGAAAGAAGACUACAGCAGGCUCUUUCAAGGACAAAGAGCAGCAAUGUUAAGUCUUCUUAGAUAUAAUGCUAACUUGACAAAAAUGAAGAAUACUUUGAUCUCAGCAUCACAGCAACUCAAAGCUAAAUUGGAGUUUUUUCGCAAAAGCAUUCAGCUUGACUUGGAGAGAUACAGUGAGCAGAUGACUUAUGGGAUAUCUUCAGAAAAAAUGCUGAAAGCAUGGAAAGAAAUGGAAGAAAAGGCUAUUCACUAUUCUGAGGUUGGUGUCAUUGGAUACCUUGAGGAUCAAAUUAUGUCUCUGCACACUGAAAUCAUGGAGCUGCAGAAGAGCCCCUAUGGAAGACGCCAGGGAGACUUGAUGGAAUCUCUGGAACAGCGUGCCAUUGAUCUCUAUAAGCAGCUAAAGCACAGACCUACUGAUCACUCAUACAGUGACAGCACAGAGAUGGUGAAGAUCAUUGUGCACACCGUGCAGAGUCAGGACCGUGUUCUCAAGGAGCUGUUUGGUCACCUGAGCAAGUUGUUGGGCUGCAAGCAGAAGAUUAUUGAUCUACUCCCCAAGGUGGAAGUUGCCCUCAGUAACAUCAAAGAAGCUGACAAUACUGUCAUGUUUAUGCAGGGAAAGAGGCAGAAAGAAAUUUGGCACCUCCUUAAAAUUGCCUGUACACAGAGUUCUGCCCGCUCUCUUGUAGGAUCCAGUCUAGAAGGCACAGUAACCCCUCCAGUAUCAACAUGGCUACCCCCCACAUUAGCAGACCGUGAACAUCCUCUGACAUGUGUGGUAACUCCUCAAGAUGGUGGGUUUACUUUUGUAACAAUAGGCAGUUGUGUUUUAGGGAAAGGGCAGGACAGGGCAGCAAGCAUGGUAGUUAACAGUGCCUUCAGACCAGGGCUCAGUUCUGACUAUCUCUUUAAUAGUGCUGAGUAA